AUGAAGAAAAUAGAGCUUCCUGCGCUUCUAUGCACUCUGGCGCUUUGCUCCCUCUUCGCUGAUACUGUAAGCCAAGGGGGUUAUCAGGCUUAUUGCAGCAGCUAUAUAAGACACCCAGAAGAGAUGAUUCAUUGCCCCAGGAUUUACAGGCCAGUUUGCGGCACAGAUGGCAUAACCUAUAGCAACCGAUGUGAAUUCUGUAAGGUGGCAUGGGCAAUGCAAGGAAAGCUCGGCUUCAAAUAUGUGGGGGAAUGCUGA